UCCCGUGUGGGUACGCAUUAGAAUCGUAUGUGCACUGUGCUGCAUUCGGCCAAUAAAAUAGAUCGUCAACCUUUUUUUUUUGUGAGUUCAUAGUUACAACCAUCGGCUUAAUUCCGUAAUUUGUUUUUUAACCCAGUAGUGAUGAAGUCGUGUGCGAAUUGCGGUAUUAAUUUCAAUGAUGGGGUGCAGUGUAUGGGUUGCAAGAAGCACCUAGAUUUUUCUUGUGCUAGUGUGUCUGAGACGACAUGGAGAAAAAUGGGGUCGGACCGAAGAGCACAGUGGAAAUGCCUCGCUUGUAAGUCGUCACCUGUACCUCUCUCACCACAGCCUUCUGCCUCGUUGGAUACAGUGCUGAGUGAGAUUCGCGAAUUGAGGCAACAGUUAUCAAGCCUACCAACCUUAGUCAGCAGUAUAAAGUCUAUCAAAGAAGAAUUGAUUGAACUUAAGAAGAGUUUUGAGUUCUCCAGCGGUAGACUUGAUGAUUUUGACGCGAGGCUUGUGGAGUUGGAAGUGAAGGCAUCUGAGUUUGAUAAUCUAAGGGACACCGUGUCUUCGUUACAAGCAGAAGUGGUUUCAACAAGAUCUGAUUUCUGUUCUUUUGAUCAUAGAACGAGACUGAACAAUGUCGAAAUUAAAGGUGUCCCCGUGAAGAAAAAUGAAAAUCUGUUUUCGGUUCUCGAUGCCAUCAGUAGCAAAAUAAAUUAUAACUGUCCUAAGACCCAGAUAAACUACAUCUCAAGGGUACCCAUACAUAAUUCUAAGGAGAAAUUGGUGAUCGUGAGCUUCUUAAACAGGUACAUAAAAGAUGAUUUCAUAGCGGCAGCUCGUGCUAAUAAGGAGCUUUCUACCAAGGACAUAGGUGUUCAGGGGCCGCCACAUCGCAUAUAUGUCAACGAUCAUCUUAGUAUAGAAUAUAAAAAACUUUUAAAUCGAGCUAAAACUGCCGCCAAAGAAAAACAAUAUGAAUUCGUCUGGGUGAAGCACGGUAAAAUUCACGUAAGGAAGGAUGUUAACUGUAAAACCUUCAUAGUUAGGCGUGAAUCCGAUUUAAACAAAAUUAUUUAGUCUGUUAUUAUUUACAUUUAGUUUCUGGAUUGCCGAGUUUCGUUAACUUUUCUAAAAAGUGUCGAUGUCGUCACAAUAAAUUUAGUUUACUUAAUUUUAGUAAAAGGUUUAGCACCUCUGCAUUGAUAAUGAUUCAAUUUGACGUUCCAUUUCGCAGUACUUGUAGACGAGAUCUGGUACAUACAUUUUAUAUAUCCGCCUCACUCACGCAUACGCGAAUGGUAUGCUAUUGCUUGCUUGCUCUCGUGAUCAUGUUCGCCCAGAUGUUAGAUUAUAUAAAAAUUCCAUUUACUUUUAUUUACUUAUACCUGCAAUAUAAUUUAUUAACUCUUGAAUGUUUAACAUUUAAUUGCCCCAAUAAUUAUUUACUAAUACGAUUAUUCUAUGUUGCUUUUGUUGACUACUCGAUUAUUGUUAUUAAAAUAUGCAAUGGUUAAUAGCAGUGCAUUAAAAAUAUUCUAUCAAAAUGUUCGUGGACUUCGAACAAAAACUAAUUCCUUCUACCGUCAGCUUCUACAGAGUUCUUAUGAUGUUAUUAUCAUAACGGAGACGUGGUUAUUGGAUGGAGUACUAAACUCGGAGCUAUUUGAUGGUCGCUAUUUGGUAUGGCGCCGUGACAGAGAUUAUGUUAUGACCGGCCAAACGAGAGGUGGUGGUGUACUUAUAGCGACGCGCAGGGAAUUGUCAGUCACUCCAGUAUCACUUUUGCAUUCAUCAGCGGAGGAUCUCUGGAUCAAAUUGCAGCUUAAGAAUUCAGGGUCACGAGAAUACGUCAAUUUAUAUAUUUGUGCAGUGUAUUUGUGUAAACAAAAUAAAGGGUUAUCAUUCUCGCAACAGCUUAGCAACUUCCUUUCCAAAUUAAACAAUGCAAUUCUACAUAGAACAAAUACCGACGUAUUUUUAGUCUUAGGGGAUUUUAAUAUGAGUGGUAUCACGUGGAUACCUUCUAAUGAUCAUUCUAUGGCCCCGUUAAAUCCCACCACUAGUGACGAAUGUUUAUUUGUUGAUGAGCUAUCUACAAUGGACUUAGUACAGUUUAAUGGGAUUGCUAACGGGUAUGGCAAGUUUUUGGACUUGGUCCUCUCAAAUAAGUUAGCCUGUGUUAGUGAAUGUGUUGAUCCUCUAGUACCUAUUGACCCGUAUCAUCCUGCAUUAUUAAUUAAUAUUGAUAUCUUUGAAAUACCUCCCCUUGACCAUGCGCCGCGCUUGCGGUAUAUUUACAGUAGGGGUGAUUUUGAGUCUAUUAAUGGAGAGAUUGCUGCUAUCAAUUGGGAGGCUGAAUUUUCGGUUCGGUCGCUUGAUGAAUCAGUAGAUUUUUUUAAUGGUACAAUAAAAUCAUUAGAAAAGAAGUUUAUACCACAAAAGUUAAUACGCAAUAAUAAAUAUCCAGUAUGGUUCAGCUCGUCACUUGUAAAAACUAUUAAAGAAAAAUAUAAAUACUUAAGAAAAUUUAAGAUAUAUGGUAAUAAAUCAGACGAGAUAACUUUCAAAUGUUUACGUGAUAGAGUUAAGACUAUGGAGGAUCUAUGUUACAAAUCAUAUCUGACACAUACUGAAAAUUCCAUUAAAACUAACCCUAAACACUUCUGGAGUUUUGUUAAAAAUCGCCAUAACUCUAAUACCAUACCUAACACAUUGAACUACAAUGGCAACACGUUAGUUACUGGGGAUUCUAUCUGCGAGGCUUUUUCUUCUUAUUUCAUGUCCACCUUCCUCUGUCGCACUUCGUCUGAUAGUUCCUCACGAGUCCCGGACGCCACCUCGACUGUUAUCGGUAAUUUAUCUGACAUUUACCACAUUAGGACUGAGGCGGAUGAAGUAGCCGCUUUAGUACGUAAUCUGGAUCCAGCGAAGGGUGCUGGCCCUGAUGAAAUAUCGCCUAAAUUACUUAUAAAAUGCGCACCUUCCAUUGCCACACCUAUCUCCAUACUGUUUUCUAAAUCGUUGACUCAAGGUUUAGUCCCCAAAAUAUGGAAAGCCGCCUUUAUUACGCCGAUUUAUAAGAAGGGGUCAAGAACCGAGAUCACUAAUUAUAGGCCUAUCUCCAAAUUGUGCAUUAUAGCUAAGAUAUUUGAGAGGAUUGUCUACAAACAGUUAUACUCCGCCUUGGCCAAUUCAUUUAACUCCUUUCAACACGGAUUUUUGAGAGGGAGGUCUACUAUCUCCAACCUAAUUCUUUUUAAUGACUCUGUCACGGAUGCCAUGGAUAAAGGUAAGCAAGUUGAUGUGGUUUACACAGAUUACAGCAAGGCGUUUGACCGGAUUGACCAUGAUAUCCUGUUACAGAAGCUUAUUGACACAGGCAUCAGCGGCGACCUCUUGAGGUGGUUCGCUUCAUACAUCGACAAUAGGUCACAAGCAGUAGUACUCAAUAACUACAUUUCUAGCUGGGUAAAUGUACCCAGCGGAGUACCUCAGGGAUCGUUGCUCGGUCCUUUUCUAUUCGUGAUCUAUGUAAACGACAUCAACAAGUGCUUUCAUACAUCCAAACUUUUAUGUUUUGCUGAUGACAUGAAACUGUCAGCUACUGUCUCAACUCCUGACGAUGGUCUGGCACUCCAGGCGGAUUUGCAUCGGCUUGAAGAGUAUUGUCGGAUGAAUAAACUGGAUCUCAACCCAUCUAAGUGUUCCGUAGUCACUUACACUAGAAAGCGUACUGUCCAUGUCACUAAUUACACUUUAGCGGGUCAGCCCUUACCAAGAUGCACUUCUAUCCGUGACUUAGGCGUCCAUCAAGACAGCAAAUUGGUUUUCGAUACACAUAUUGAUGCAAUCGUCAAAAAAGCCUCUAAACUGCUAGGAUUUAUAAUGCGUCUUUCAAAAAAUUUCACUGAUGCAAAGACCCUUAAAAUAUUAUAUUGCACUUAUGUCAGGAGCCAGCUGGAGUAUGCGUCUCAGGUAUGGAAUCCAAGAUAUCAAAAAUAUAUUGACCGCGUGGAAAACAUUCAAAAACGUUUUAUAAAAUAUCUCUGUUUCCACCAAAAUAUACCAUACCAGUCUGCCCGUUAUCUUGAACUCUGUAGAAAAUUCCAUCUAUUACCAUUGGUAGAUAGACGCAAUAUUGCAGAUUGUCUAUUCUUGUUUAAGGUUCUUAACGGCAAUGUGGAUAGUCCAGAACUAUUAUCAAAAAUCAAAUUUAAUGUACCUAAUAAAAUAUUUAGAUUUAAUCCACCUUUACACGUAUCCCGUUCCUCAUCUAACUACAGGCAGAACAGUUACAUUGUGCGUGCAAGCAGACACUUUAACAAUGUUUGUAAGGAAUAUGACUUCGAUCCGUUUACAACUAGUGUGAACUCGGCAAAGAGGUGC